AUGGACAGAGCGCGUGUUCCCAAAUUCGGCAGCUUCAAGCCCAAGGUCGCCGCGCAGAAGACGAAGACAGAUGCCGCAGCUUCGGACGGCGAGGACGCGAGGAAAUCACCGUCCCGUGACCCGCGCCGUCGAGAGCAUAGAGGUCAUCGACAUGAGCGCGAGCGUCGUCGGCAUCACCACGGUCGCGAUCAAGGCAGAUCUCAUGACGAACGGGGGCCUCGUGAGGAGCGUCGCCACCGGCAGCGCGACAAUGCCACGCCUCGCCGCUCAACUCAGCGAGUCGAUAUAGAUGAGUUUGAGGAGUCGCAUCUCUUCAUCAUUGACCGUCGUGGAGACGCAAAGAAUGUUGAGUAUGGCAGUCUGCAUCGCUAUGGCAUUCCAGCUUACCAUCGUACGGGAUAUGGUAACGUGAUAGGUCUGCCACCACAGAUCAAGAUCAAUCGCGAAGCGAGCAGCGAUAAGGACGUGAUACUGACUGCAGCCGAUCGGAAGAGACACACCAGACUUCCAAGAUUGCUGACCGGCAAGCAUGGAAGGAGUCACGAAGCCAAUCUGCGCUAUGUUCUGAAUGCUGCAGACACGCCUACGCACUUGCACAGUGAUUACGUGGACCUUCGUCCUUCUCGCAAGCGCAAGCGUAACAGCGAGUCUCCCGAGGCCGGCGAAGCAGCUGUUGACUACCGCUCCAUUGAGGGCAAGGCGAAAGCGCCCACUCAGCCAGCCGACGAGGACCUGGACUUUGCAUCCGAGUCUGAGACAGGCAAUGGCGACGAUGCUCUGGAGCUGCCAGCAAGGCAGCAGAACGCGAUGUUGUCGAAAACAGCAAAGGCAAAGCCUGGGGAGCUCGACUCUUGGCUCACUCUGGCGGAGCAUCAGGCCAAAAUGGUGCAACCCGGUGUGAACGUCACAGCUUUCACGUCUUCUGAAAGGCGGACGUUGGCAGACCUUCGGCUGUCCAUCUUACACCAAGCAGCAAGUCACAUCAACAAGGGCCACCCAAGCCGCGAUCAGUUGCUACUAAGCACAAUCGAGGAAGGCUCCAUCAUCUGGGAUGGCACAAAGUUAUCGAGCAGAUGGAAAGAAGCUUUGGUCGAGUGCCCGUCGAGUGUCUUGCUGUGGACUAGAUACCUCGACCAUAUCCAAGAUCAGCAUGCUGGCUUUCGUUACGAUCAAUGCAAAGCCUCAUUUGUACAAUGUAUGGAUGUCCUACGCAAGGCAUAUGCUCGCUGCAAGGGUGACGACCAGACCCGCAUCUGGAACCUUCAAGUGCACGUACUGCUUCGGCUCACCACGUUCAUUCGUGAUGCUGGAUACUCGGAGCUUGCCGUAGCAAUUUGGCAAGCGCUGCUCGAAUACCAUCUUUGCACUCCGAAUAACAUUGUCGCUGCGGCCCUGGACGACAAGCUGGAAUCUUUCGAAUCGUUCUGGGAGAGCGAAGUACCAAGGAUAGGAGAGCCGAACGCUCGCGGCUGGCAUCGACAUCACGAACACAUCGAUGACGAAACCCGUCGAGGUAUCCCGCUUCAUCAGGCACCACUGGAUGCGUCGCGGCCAUGGGCAUCCUUUGCGAGGCAGGAAAAAUCAAUGCACAGCUUCUGCUUAUCGGCUCUACCCGACGACGACGAUGCUAUCACAGAUCCUUUCCGCUGCGUUAUGUUUUCCGACAUUCGCGACAUUCUGGAGUCUUUGAGCGCCGGCUUGGACCCUUCAACGCUGGCCGAUGGCUUUCUCGCAUUUCUAGAGCUUCCUGCGCUGCCCUGCACAACAGUCGACGCUGACAUCGAUGUGUGGCGUCUCGAUCCGCACAACAUGGCACACGGAGCAUUUUGGGCGCCGGAGCUGCUGCGACCAGCGGACGACAAGGCUUUCAAACCACCAUACUAUCGUCAGACCUGCAAAAGCUUGUUUGGGCAAGAACACGGUUCGUUCGCCAACUUUCGGUCUGCAUAUGGACAGGAUGAGGCACACAAGGACGUUGUUAGUUUCGUGGACAGAUCACUGGAAGCGCUGGUGGUUGCGAGAAAGGACGAUGAUGUGCUGGCGGAAUACUAUCUUGCUUUCAAGCUCUCAGUCCUUCCAGAAGAGGCUGUCAAAGCUGCCAAGAAGCUACUGAAGGAACCAUCAUCGAGCUCAAGACUCUACAACGCGUAUGCUCUCAUUGAGGCGCGGCUUGGACACGAGCAGAAAGCUGAGACUGUUUGGUCCACUGCACUGGCCAUGCAAAGUAGCCUUGGCGUGAGAGCACAGGACGAUGCCGUGUUUCUCUGGCACAGCCGUAUGCUCAACGCUGCUGCAACUACAACGUCUGCUCUGCAACACCUAUUGAGCAUUGACAAUGCGAGUCCUGCCGCUACGAAACUCGAAGUCGGCCAUGACGAGUCAUCAGUACAUCGCCUCAAGGCAUCUCGCAAGCUACAAGAAGGAUUCGACCGCAUGAUGCUGCAGGGAAAGCAGGUCCAUGCCGCUUCAUACGCAGACUGUCUGGCGUGGCUUGCAUAUCUCAGCAGCCACCAUGACUUUGAAAGCACCUUCCAGGCUUACGAGAAGUGCAGCUCGCGAAUGUCUCGUGAUGGCGCCAGGUUGAGCUUGGAAUUGCUGCAACAAUGCAAAGCUGAUCUCAUCAAGCGACAUAUCGAGCUGCAACGACCAUACAAGCCUGCCGUACUUCGAGGGGAGAUGGAGAACAGCUUAUCAUUGUUCCCCAGCAACAGCAUUUUGAUCGAGCUUGCGCAACGGCUAGCUGCACAAGACCGUCUUCGAACCCUAUUGCAUGAUCAGAAAGCCACAGAACCGAACCAAAGGACAAUCGUACAAUGGGCAGCGAAGAUCACGGGAGAGCUUCAUCGCACAGCAGACCCAUCCUUAGGUUCCACUGCCAACACUGUCCGGGCCACCUUCGCGAGCGCGCUACUCGGCCUUGACAGCAAGGUGACGCAUGCUCCAGCGCUCUGGUUCAUGUGGCUACGAUUCGAGUGCAAUCAGGCCGACGGGGAUACUAGCAGUGGUGCUGAUGCGUUCGCACGUGCAAGGCAGGUCUUUCUGGAUGGACUCAGAUACCUGCCGUGGCAUAAACACUGGGCAAUAGCUGGAAUGGACUUCUUCUCGGAGCGUGGCAUGAGCCAAGGGGAGUUGAGACAGAUACAUGAUACGUUGGUGGAUAGAGGCCUCAGACUGCGUGUGGACGUUGAGGAAGUUCUGUGA